AUGAUAUUUGCAUUUCCAGACCAUGGCUUUUAUUCGAAUAUUGUCGGCUUUCUUGGUGGAAUUUCCUGGGCAAACCUUGUUGCUCGAAUAUGCCAGUUAUAUCCAAAUGCGGCUCCAUCAAAACUUGUCCAGAAGUUUUUCAUACUGGAAACUUAUGGGGAACAGUUCAGCGAGCUGGGUUUGAAGGAAGAGUUCGAGCGGAUGAAAGAAAGUGGCAGAAGAGAAGACAGCAACAAACUGUAUAAUCUCGAACAGGCACUUCGUGCAGCUGAGGAAUUUGAGGACGAACCACAUCCUGAGAAACGGCGUGAAGUUAUCAAAAAAAUUUUCCCGGAGAAUUCAACGGAAAAUCAA